AUGACAUGUGUUCAUCCUCAGACUUUACAAUCCACCAGUGAUACAAAUUUAUCGAUUUUAUUUAAUGUAAAAAACAUAAUGGCAGAUGUCCAUGCAAAACUGCCUAACCAAAAGGACGCAAAGGUUAACAAUUUUUUGAAGACUAAAAUAAUGAAUUUGGACACGGAAAAAAGAGAGCUGGUUGGAGUCUUUGGGAAAACAGGAGCUGGAAAGACAUCUUUGAUAAAUGCUAUCAUUGAAGAGGAAAGGCUUUUACCAUCUGGAAGUUUCGGUGCUUGUACCUCAGUCAUGAUCAAAGUGGAGGCUAACAGGCUCAACCAUAAAUAUGAGGCAGAGGUUGAGUUUCUCACAAAGGAGGAGUGGAAAGAAGAAUUGAGCAACAGAGAUCAAUUUCCUAAGGAUAACGAAGAUCAGGAGAAAGAUGAAGAAUAUCAUGAUCUUGUUGAAAAACUGUCUGCAAUUUAUGGGGAAGACUGGAAAUGGAAAACUACUGAUCAACUCAUGGAGCACAAAUACUUCAGGGAAAUUCCAGAAUUUCGUCACUCGAUACGAAAAACCUUUACAUGUGAAUCAGCUGAAGCUCUAUCUGCAAAGAUGAUCAAAUACACACGAAGUGACACAAAACAAGAAGGAGAUGAGGUUUUAAAUAGGUGGUAUUGGCCACUGGUGAAGUGUGUCACUGUCAGGGUGCCACAUACAAAUUUUCUACAACAUGUCACACUUGUGGACCUUCCAGGAAAUGGAGACCGAAACAAAAGCAGAGAUGAGAUGUGGAAAGGGAUUGUUAGAAACUGUUCAACUGUGUGGAUUGUAUCUAACAUCGAACGAGCAACAUCAGAAAGCGAAUCCUGGGAGAUCCUAAAAAGUGCAAGCAGCCUCCUUGGAAACGGAGGGGAAUGUCGGCACAUCCACUUUAUCUGCACCAAGUCUGAUGUUAUUGAAGAUUCAAAUGAUAAGGUGGAGAAAACAAAGAUGUUAGUAAAGAACUUGAGAGAAACCUCAGCCAACAAGAGAAAGAGUGGACGUGGUUUUCAUAACCAACUAAAAAAACUGGUCAAAAAUAAAGGGAUCCUAAAACCAAAACAUGGGCGGGAAAAAAACUUGAACACUGAGUUAAUUUCACUUCUGACAGAUAGCAUUGAUGAGGAAUUCAGAAAAACUUUCCCGAAUGACGGAAAAUGUGGUCCAAUCUACGGAGUAAUCAAAGAAGUUUCACUUGAUGUUGAAGGGCUAAAACAGAAGUACAGUGAUGUUGAACUACAGCUGGUAUUUCUGAAGAAUGAGGAAGAACAAUUAAAGACAAAACUGACCAAACUUAUUCGUGACCAUAAAAAAAAAAUCUACAACAGUCCAGCAAAGACAGCUGAGGAAAACCUGAAAAAAUGCUAUGAAGAAGCAGCAGGAUUUUCAGGAACUGGUUUACUGCAGAACAUGAGGGAAACUAUAGAGAGACAUGUCCAUAAAUCAAAGAACAUCCUGUUUGAAAAGGCUAAAGAUGAAAUGUUGGAUCUGCAUAGCAGUAUGGCGGUAUGUUACAUAUAA